AUGACGUUGGACCAGCUAAGGGAUAUACUCCAUCGUGAACGAGAACGAGACUGGGACUUAGCGGAACAACAUGUGCAGUUGGAAAGGCAUAAUGCUAGGUUGAGGAAGCAAAACCGGCAACUAAACGAAAACGUGGAGAUGAAUACCAUAGAUUCGGAAGGAAACACUGUAUCUUCGGAGGAAGAUGAGCUGCGGCGAAGGAGAUAUGAACACGAGGAAAAUGAAGGAGGACAAAGAAGAAGACGACAAAUUAAUGAAGACGAAGAAAGAGACUUGAGAAGAGGACUGGAGAUAUCACAAAGGGAAGAUCAGAGGCGGAGACAUGAGGAGGAAAAGAGGCAGGAGGACGAACUGCAACGUCGGGAGAACCUUAUCCGAGGCGAGGAGGAAAGGCGACGACCAGGCGAAGGGAGGCUUAGCGUGAUGAGAGGUCGUCCCCAUGAGGAGGAUGGAGGAAAAUUGAACCAAGAAGUCCUGAACGAGUUGAGAGACAUGAGGGCUUUAAUUAAUAACUCAUGA